UCUGAGGUAUAUUCAUCUCUGGAAACAAUGGCAAGUAAAGUACAAUGAAGACAACAUUUGGAGCUAUGUCACCUGGCAGAGCUGCAGGUAUUCCUUCUGCAGUAGAAUUCCCCUCCCAACGGAGAGAGAGAAUCGACUGGCAUAAACUGGCUUCUGUAGACCUCCAUGAAUUGUCCUCAGGAUGUAGUAUAGAGGUUCUCCAAGAUCAUUUGUCAUACAUAACUUUCUGUGAUGCAGAAUCAGAAUUUGAUAUUGGAACAAGUUCGGGCCAAAGAAAUCUUCUCAAGAUGUUUCGUUUAGCACAGCUCAUUAUUCAGUACCUCUUCCUGUCCCAGGAGUUUAUUGAAACUCAGCUUCAAGUGGCUCAGGAUGAACUUGUACAGAUUACAGAAAAAUAUCAGCAGGUGAAGGCAAAGUUACUGCAGCAGGUUGAAGCAGCUAAGAAAAUGAAGACAACUAACAGAAACAUGCGUGAAACUGUAAAAUAUAUCAACUCAUUUGCACUUGCUAAUGGCCUCUUCCAGUCCCUGAAAUGUCCUCUGUGUACCAAGAGUUUUCGGGGCCAGGACUUCCUCCACCACUUGUGGCGGAAACCCCUAGUCAAGUCAGUCUGGUUUACUUUUCCACAGACUACUCAGAUGCCAUCAGCUGUAUCAAGUUCUUUUGUAGUGCCAAAUGUAACUUCAGAUAUUAGACAAGAAGUGCCUCAUACCAGUGAAUCUGCCCUUCAGUCUGCACCUUCAGGAACUAGAAUUUCCUCAAAUUUGAAUGAUAUUGAUUCAUAUAAAUUAUCUGAAAUUGAGAAAAAAUGCAAUACAAUGAAUGAAAAUUUCACCAAGAUUAUGAGAGAACUGGAGGAACAAAAAAGAUCAUUAGAAAGAGAAAACAAAAAGAGUCAGGAAGAAGUAAAGCGAGCACGGGAAGAAAAACAUCACACAGAAAGAGAAUGUGAAGCCCAGUUAGAGAAAUUAAGUGAGCAGCUUGUUCAUCUCCAGAAGACAAGCAGUAGUAAUGCUUCCACAUCUGAUACUGAAAGAUUUGUAGAGCUCAUAAAAAAACAGGAAAAAGAAAUCCAGUUUCUACAAGCACAAAUCCAAAGACAAACCGAAUAUAAUAAAGUAGAUGGAACAAAAAAUGAUGAUACUGUGGAUGGCUUAUCUAAUGAAAUUCAAGCUCUCAAGAGGCAGGUGAGCAAUGAGAAGAAAUUUCACAAACAAUCCUUAAAACAAAUGCAGGAAUUGUUACAGAGAAAUUAUGAGGAAGCAUUGGAAUCUGAGAUGACUAAACUGAGAGAGAUGAUGAAGGAUAUUGCUCACAAAGAAGCUGCAGUCACAGUCAUUGCUCAGAAACCUCCACCAUCACCCAAAACUCCAACUGUUAAAAAACCACCAGCACCAAAUAGAACAACAAAACCCUUUACCUUGACCCAGGAUUCACCUGAAAAUUCUCACAUGUUAACUUAUCUUCAGGCUAAUGAUGAACCUCAUUUGCAUUCUAUGGAUACCCAUGAUUCAGAAACUGAGUCAGAAUCUGAGAGUCAAACUGAUACAUCACAGUGGAACCACAGUAACCUGAAAGUGACACAGCUUCAAAUAAAUAGCUCAAGUACAGAAAGGAAAAAAGAAAUUACAAAACCAAAUAUUCAGAGAAAUGAUAGCAUAGAUUCUGAACAUCCUAUAUCUUACUCUUCAGAAGAAGAUGCGAGUCACUCUGAGAGUAACAGUUCAUCUGAAUUAUUAAAUCUAGAGGCUUUGUUGAAAGAUAAUCCACAGCUGUGGAAUCAAAUGCGAGAGGCAACAUCAGAUGUUUUAGCAUCAAAACUGCAAGCCUUUGGGAUAGAUUCUUCAGAAAGAGGUAUAAAAUCUGAGGUUCUGACUUCAUGUUUAUCUCAAUUAAGAAAAGACAGGAGAAAACUUGAAGAGAACUAUGAAAAUUUCCUGGAUCUGAGAAAGAGAUUAGAGAACGAGGUUCGAGCAAAGGUUGAUGACAAGAUUGAUAAUGAAGAAGAUAUUUCGGGAAUAUAUCCACUUGAAACAGUAAACAGUAAAACCAAAGAAAAUCAAUCCAGUAAGCUUUUUAGGAUGGUGAAAAAUGUUCGGUCAAAAGUUAAAGAGCACUCACAAGCUUUUUCUUCUUCGGUAUCAAGAACUAGUGAAUCGAUGAAACUCGGGGUUAAAGAUAUAUUUCAUACUAGUCUUAAAUCUGAUGAUAAUAUCAAGGCCAUUUCAGGAACACGUAGGGUGUCUGAUAAUCCAGAAGAAACUGCGGAAGAUGAAAAGGGUGAUGAGAGUUCAUCAGAGACAGAUUGCAGCACUCAGAUAGAAGUUCACAAUGAAACAUCAAAAUCUGUCACAAGAAACUUGUUUAAUGAUGAAAUUCUGUCAGUGAGGUCUGGUGCACGACCAAAACUUGAUAACUAUUUUGACAACCAAACAUAUGGAGAGGUUGAGGAAGUAAGCGGAUCUGAAUGGGACUCAGAGCCUGAAUAUGAAAACUUUAAAAAAGAGCCACCUCCGAAGAGAAAUGAUAGCCUGAAUACCUCACUAGUAUCAGCUAAUUUACACAAUAAUACUACUAGGGGCUGGGAGCCACUUGAAUCAAAGAUAAUUAAACUUAAGAAACCAGAAGGAACAAUGGUGAGCAACCUUGCUCAAAGCAUUGAGCUUCAGUUGAGUGGGCGAAAGAAGAAAAAACCCGUUGGGGCAGUGGAUGUGAUGAGUGGCAGUGUGGUACAUAAUGCUAGUCAAGAGAGAGGAACAUUUGUGGAACAUCCUAACACUAAUCAGAGCUCUUCCUAUGCGAGUCAGCAACACAGUGUAAGUGAUUCCUCCAACACUGUUGGCACCAGUCUUUGGGGGUCAGUAGAUGCUGUUGAUAAAGUUGCUCUGGAGCAACCUAAACUGUUCACUAGUAAUACAAGAGAUACACUGCAUUCUUGGGACUCUGAUGACGAUAUUGAUGUAAGUCAGAUGGAAUAAUUCAAGAAUGUAAAUUUAACUGAGUUUUUCGUUUAAAUUAAUUAUAAUUUCUAAUAAUGUA